CCCGACUCGAGCUGCACCGCCAUGGGAAACACCACCAGCGACCGGGUGGCCGGGGAGCGCCACGGCGCCAAGGCUGCGCGCGCCGAGGGCGCCGGCGGCCAUGCCCCGGGCAAGGAACAUAAGAUCAUGGUGGGGAGCACCGAUGACCCCAGCGUCUUCAGCCUGCCGGAUUCCAAGCUCCCUGGGGACAAAGAGUUUGUAUCAUGGCAGCAGGAUUUGGAGGACUCCGUAAAGCCCACACAGCAGGCCCGGCCCACUGUUAUCCGCUGGUCUGAAGGAGGCAAAGAGGUCUUCAUCUCUGGGUCCUUCAACAAUUGGAGCGCCAAGAUUCCACUGAUUAAGAGCCAUAAUGACUUUGUUGCCAUCCUGGACCUCCCUGAGGGAGAGCACCAGUACAAGUUCUUUGUGGAUGGACAGUGGGUUCAUGAUCCAUCAGAGCCUGUGGUUACCAGUCAGCUUGGCACAAUUAACAAUUUGAUCCAUGUCAAGAAAUCUGAUUUUGAGGUGUUUGAUGCUUUAAAGCUAGAUUCAAUGGAAAGCUCAGAGACAUCAUGUCGAGACCUUUCCAGCUCACCCCCAGGGCCUUAUGGUCAAGAAAUGUAUGUGUUUCGAUCAGAGGAGAGAUUCAAAUCCCCACCCAUCCUGCCUCCUCACCUUCUCCAAGUUAUUCUUAACAAGGACACUAAUAUAUCUUGUGAUCCAGCCUUGCUCCCCGAGCCCAAUCAUGUUAUGCUGAACCAUCUCUACGCAUUGUCCAUUAAGGACAGUGUGAUGGUCCUUAGCGCAACCCAUCGCUACAAGAAGAAGUAUGUCACUACUCUGCUGUAUAAGCCCAUCUGAAGGGAUUCUUUCCUGCCUCCCAGGAUUCAGGAGAAGCAUCUCCCUUGCCUUUCUGGACUAGACCAGUCUUACCUGGGACUGGAAGGCUGAUUUGCUUUGAGGCUAAUAUGUGUGUUUCAGAGCCUCUGAGUAGGAUGCUCUGCUUUUGCAUUUGAUUGCAAAUGAGAGCUUUAGGAGUUCAUGGAAUUUAUUUUAAGAAAAAA